GAGUUCUCUGGGACAGAAGGGAGUUGGGGUGGUGGCCUUUCCCAAACAGGUGAAACUCUGGUCUCUGGCGUUCCCUGUCUAAUUCCACAUAGGUGGGGAUUUUGGACUGAGCUAGUCAAAGUAGUGACCCUAGAGGGGCAGAUUCAGGCGAUAAAAUCUUUCUCUUCCUCAAAUCCAGCUCCUGAUAGAUCACCACUGUGUCCUGGGACCUUGUAACCUUGUAACCUUGUGACAGAGCAUCCUGUCUUGAAAGUAUCCCACCCAGGUAGCCACAAUACCACAGUGUUCAGGCUGCCACCCAAUCCUUGUUAUAUCCUGGCAGCUCUGCAGCUUUGUCCCUUCCGAUCCACAUUUUCCCACCCCCCCCCCACUCAUACUGAAGACCCUGAAUUUUCUACCAGCACUUAUGUAGGGUUCUUAGGUCCACACAGGGGAAAUUCUACUGGCCUUUAAGACUCCCCAGCCUCCUCUGGGAAGCCUUUAUGAACAUCUAGGGCUAAGAGGGAAACUCUCCUGGUUAAGCCACCCUUUGCAUUGAUUCCUUUUCCUCCAGUCUCUUCCAGUAGACUGGGAGUCAGGGAUAGACUGAGAAGGCAGGCUCCUGCUGCCCAAGAACCCUCCAAAAAAACCAACCAGGACAGGGCCUGACUUCUGUCUGCUAAAUACAUAUGUGUGUGUGUGUGUGUGUGUGUGUGUGUGUGUGUGUGUGUGUAUAAUUUGUUCACAGAUAUUGUGUGUGAGGUGGUGGUGAGAAAUCUAAUAUGUAGCCCAGGAUAGCUUUACCAUGUAGCUUACUAUGUAGUCAGGGCUAGUCUGGGAUUCCCAAUCCUACUAAGUCAGCCUCCCAAAUGUGGACCAUGACACACAGUCUUUGUUUGAUUUAAGUAUAAUUUCCAGUUAAUUUUGUUUCCAGAGGACAUUGUGUUCUUCAGUCUGUAAAGGGGUUGGAUUCUUUCAUGGGACACACGGCCAAGGGUCUAAACUGGGACAAUGGUGUUCAGUCCUUUGGGCUUCGGGAGGGUGUUUAUUUUCUAGAACAACACAGUUCUCUCACUGAGAGAGAUUAGAGCUUCAUAUACAGUUUGGGAAGCACAAAGCUGCUGAAUAUAAUCGAUUUGGAAAUGUCUCUGAUGACUGUGGUGUGGGCUUCUCUGACAUUUGACUAAAACUUAAAAUUACCUCUCUCUCUCUCUCUCUCUCUCUCUCUCUCUGUGUGUGUGUGUGUGUGUGUGUGUGUGUACCAGUGUAACCCUGCACUUGUGGAGGUCAAAGAGAAAUUGUGAGAUUUGGUUCUCUUGUCCCACUUGUGGGUCUGGGGAUAGAACGCAGGUAAUCAGGCUUGGUGCAGGCACCUUUGUCUGCUAAGCCAUCUUUUUUAUUUCUUCUUGGUUUUUCAAGACAGGGUUGCUUUGGCUGUCCUGGAACUCACUCUGUAGACCAGGCUGGCCUCGAACUCACAGAGAACUGCCUGCUUCUGUCUCUGGAGUGCUGGGAUUAAAGCCGUGCACCACCACUUCUUGAUGGCCCAGAAAACUUUCUUUUCUUUGUUAUAAUAAUUAUUAUUAGAAAUCUAUGUAGCCCAGGCUGGCCUUGGAUUCCUGGGUUCUCCUGGGCUUGAGGCAUCCUCUAGACUGAGACUCCAGAGUAGCUCUGAAUACAGGCCACCAUGUGCCAUGGAAAUUGGCCUUAUUUUUGUUUUUGCUUCAGUACUGGAGAUGGAACCUAAGGUCCAACCUAUGCUAGUCAAGCCAUCUACCACCAAGCUUUAUCUCCAGCCUUCUCCUCCUCCUCCUUUUUCUUUUCUAAAUUUUGAGGUGGAGUCUAAGUUGCCCAGAUUGGCCUUAAACUCAUUCUGUAGCUCAGGCUGGCCUUGAACUUGUGAUCCUCCUGCUCCUCAGCCUCCCAGGAGGCUUCUUACAACCAGGCCCAGCUUCUGCUGAACUAAUGUCUUGUCCUCCUUGAGUAUCACGGAGGCAGUUUGUCCAGCAGCAAUCAUACUUGGCUGUAGCUCUUUGGGGCAUGUCUCUUCAUCUCUAUCUCUCUGACUCUCUUCUCAAAAUUAGAUUUUAAGCUGAACAUUCUUUUCGUUUUCAUUUAAAAUUUCUUGUUUUUGAGACAAGGUCUCAUUAUGCAUUCCAGGAACUCUCUCUUAGAUCAGACUGGUCUUGACCUUUGAGGGUCCUCCUGCCUUUUCCUCUUAAAGAUUACAGGCCAGGCUUCAAGCUACACAUUUCUCUCCCCCUUUUUUAAAUGAUAUUAUUUUUACGUGGAGGUGGGGUGAAUGAGUGUACAUGUGCGUGUGGAGGCAGCCACCACCUUUCUUGAGACAACGUGGCUUAAUAUUCAUGGUCAGGUGAGGCUGGAAGGUUGGUGAGUCUGGGGAUCCACCCAUCCCUUUCUCAUUGGGACUGCCAUGCCAACUUGUAAAAUGUGGUUCUGGGGAUCUAAACUCAGGUCCAUGUCAUGUUUGCAAGUGCUUUACUGACAACAGGGUUUCUCUGUGUAUAUCUGUCGCUGUCCUGGAACUCACUCUGUAGACCAGGCUGGCCUCAGACUCUGCCUCCUGAGUGCUGGAUUAAGGGCUGCACCACCACUGCCCGGCCACCCACACAUUCUUAAGAGAAACUACUUUAUGUCAAGGACAGAGUGUAGGUCAGUACUUAGCAGGUCCUGGAAUACAUCUCUAGUACCAAAAAGGGAAGCGAAUUUUAUGAAAAGCAAACAAAUAAAUGUGUUAACAGAAAGUUAAGUUGGGUGUGGUGGUAUACACCUGCAGUGCCAGCUGCCCACCAGACCAUUUGAAGGGCAGGCCUGGAAAUACGGCCAGAUCCUUGUUUCAAAACAGAAAAGAAAAACAGAAAGGAAGAAAAUAAAAGUAUAUGUGUAGCCUCUUACGCCUGCUGGGUACUCCAGCCUGUACUGCUCUGCGUAGGACUGCAGACUACAAAUCCCAGCUUGUCUCGGUCAUUGAAUUUUUCCAUGCCACGCCCCCUCCCCGGGACUGAGUUGGGACUAGAGGGCGGGGCCUGAGGGUAGCUGGGCCCCCGGCACGGCCUGGGGAGUGCAAAGCCGCACGCCCUCUGGGGUACGCAAAGCGCAGGUGCGACUGGCUACGGGAGCAGCUUCAUCCAGUAGCGGGCUUUUGUGGCAGCAGUUUCGGCAACAGGUGUGCACAGGUCCCACCCGACUCCACCCUGGAAAGUCCUUUUGAAGAAAUGGCCUUGGUGAGGGGCGGCUGGCUGUGGAGACAGAGCUCCAUCCUCCGCCGUUGGAAGAGGAAUUGGUUUGCUCUGUGGUUGGACGGCACGCUGGGUUACUACCAUGAUGAGACGGCACAGGACGAGGAGGACCGUGUGCUUAUCCACUUCAAUGUCCGAGACAUAAAGGUCGGCCAAGAGUGUCAUGAUGUGCAGCCCCCAGAGGGCAGGAGCCGAGAUGGUCUGCUGACAGUGAACCUACGGGAGGGUUCACGCCUGCACCUGUGUGCAGAGACCCGGGAUGAUGCCAUAGCAUGGAAGACAGCGUUGCUGGAGGCGAAUUCCACCCCGGCCCCAGCUGGAGCCACCGUCCCACCCAGGAGCCGUCGGGUUUGUCCUAAAGUCAGGUGUACGACCCUCUCUUGGAACCCCUGUAAGGUUGAGAGGCGGAUCUGGGUACGCGUCUACAGCCCGUAUCAAGACUACUAUGAGGUCGUGCCCCCCAACGCGCAUGAGGCAACAUAUGUCCGCAGCUACUAUGGGCCUUCUUAUGCAGGCCCUGGUGUGACACACGUGAUAGUGAGAGAGGAUCCUUGCUACAGCGCGGGCGCCCCUUUGGCCAUGGGCAUGCUUGCUGGGGCCGCCACAGGUGCUGCUCUUGGUUCUCUCAUGUGGUCGCCUUGCUGGUUCUGAGCCCUGGGGCUCCGACUUCCAGACCUGAACAUAAAAGACAAGACGCUCUUCUUCGUGGACUACCCAUUUAAACCCUGUCUCAUUCUGACCUUUCCCUCUCUGUUAAGCUCUCUACGCCUGGCCCAUUCCACCACUUAUUGUCCCUCCCUCUCAGAGGAAGCUAACGUCUCAGGCUGACUUGGCCGAAAUCCUCACCCCUACUGCCAGACACCCUUAAAUCACAAACAGAUCUAUUUCUUCUAGACACAGUGAACAUGAUUUCAUUUAGCUACAAGUGUCUGAGGGAUGGCCAUCACAAGAAAAAACAACAAAGCUACAGUUAUCAGUCUGACUAGGACACAUGCAAGGAGCAAGGCUGGGUGCUGCUGGCAGCAAGGGCAGAGAACAUCCUUACCUGUCCAAAGAAUCAACAGCUGGCUUGGUUCUGAGGCAGGGUUUGGACUGUAGUGUCCUCCAGGCUAAGGAGCUUGCUUGAUAAAGGUGAUGGAGCUCUUUAUGGAGGAAAGUUUUAUGAGUUCAACUACCAUAAAUAUCUUGCCUGUUUUGUUAGCACUAGCACAUAUCCUUACUCCAUACACCAAGUUGUUUUCAUUAGGAAAUGCCUUUCUGAUCCCAUGAGCUCAGUUCUAUUGCUGUGACUGUUACCAUCUGCAGCUUUUUCUCUUCCUCUACUCUGGCCCACUUUGGCACCAGCAUGGGGAACUCAUGUGCCUGCCUGCAAGUGGCAAGCCAUCUCUCCAUUUGUUCCUGGUUCCAGACUCUUCCACUACCCUAUCCCAGUUGCCAAUAGAAAAGCUAAAAUCCCUGGCCCCAGUGGGCAGAGUAUCCACUAAAGUUCCCUGUAGAUGAGAAGGGCUCCGUUGGCCCUGCUGCAGAUACUAAUAAAGACGUGACUGGUCCCAGAACUGGCUCUGCUUGCUUUGUUCCUCCAGGGGAGGUUUCAUCAGGACAUCUCUGUGACCCACUGAUAAAAUGUAUUAUGAAGUCAGAUGGAAUUGGUAACAACAUGUGAGCUGAACAGUUUUGGACAACUCAUUUCCACGGCAGAUGGAAGUUGGCCUUAUCUGAAGACUCAAAGGAGAGGCUAUGCCAGGGUUUCUGUUCUAUGCUCUGAGCUAAUGGAGAGAUGGCACUGAGACCUCUGAUGUUAGAAUAUUUGUGUGCACACACCAGGUCAGAGGUCAACAGCCAGAGAGUCUUUAUCAAUCUUCACCUUUUGAGAUUUCUCAUGGGUUUGGCUAAACUGACUGGCCCGUAAUCCUCAGGGAUCCCCUUGCCUCUGCCUUCCCAUGGCUGAGGUUAAAGGUUCAUGCUGUGGCACUCAGCUUUUUACUUGAGUGCUGGAUCCUGGCACUCAGCUUUUUACUUGAGUGCUGGAUCCUGAUGUUUGUGCAACAAGGACUCUGCUGACUGGGAUAUCUCCUUAGUUACCAAGCAUUAGAACUGUUUCCACAAUAGCUUCCCUACCUAAGUAGAACCAAUUAAUUCUUGUCAUAGAAACCUGGUGGCCACAGACACAUAGAACCUGCAUCAGGCUUCUGGAAGCUGACAAAGAGCAGAAAUAGUUGCAAGAACUGAUUUAAAGCCAUAGAAAGGAAAACACAGGGCAGCCAGGGCUGGAUGCUAGAUUCCAGAAUUGAGAAUGACUCUAUGUUGUGGGAUAUCUGUGCACUGAGUCAAAGUGUAUUGCUGUGACCGUUGUAAUAAAAACCUGAAUGGCUAAAAGUUAGGCAGUUAGUAUAGGUGGGCCUUCAGGGCAAAGAGAGAACUCUGGAAAAAAGGCAGAGUUGCCAGUCAGGGACUAAGAGGAGACAUGGAAGAAGCAGGAUGGGUGGUAUGAGACAGAACUAGGUUAAUUUAAGUUGUUAAAGCUAGUGGGACAAGCCUAAGCCAAGGCCAAGCUUUCUUAAGUCUUUGUGUUGUUAUUUGGGAGCUGGUGGCCCAAAGAAAAAUCCAACUACAACCAUCUAUCAGGUUGAGCAGAGGGGGCAACUCUUGCACUGAAGAGUUCCAUAAACCACAAGACCAGUCCUCCAAGGCACUUCUCAUUGCAGUUCCUUACCUGUGUUCAUCCACUCCUCUUUCUCACGGCAACGGUAGUGCACUAAUACUAGCUUUGAAGACAGCUGCACUGAGUUCUCUGGCCCGUGGCUUCUAUAUUUUUGUUAACGGGACAGGAGUUAGAUGUGGCUGGCCAAAGACAGGGAUUUCCUUUGUUCUAUAAAUGGCCAGAGAGUAAAUACUUCAGACUUUGAGGUCCUAAGAACUGUUUUACUGUUGUCAUCCAAGCAGUGGUAGAAUUGGGAGGCAGAGGCAGAGGCAGGCGGAUCUCUGUGAGUUAAAGGCCAGCCUGGUUUACAGAGUGAGCUCCAGGACUGGUUUCAUAGCUACUGGGAAACCCUGUCUUGAAAAACAAAAAAGAACUAUUUUAAGUGUUCAAUUGUAUCUGAAUGGUUUCAAAGUAUUCCUGAGUUCCAGUAAAGCUUAUUUAUUUUUGGCCCUUUGAGACAGGGUUUCUCUGUGUGACUCUAGCUGUGCUGAACUCUGUAGACUAGGCUGUCCCUUGAACUCAGGAUCAACUUGCUUCUGCCUCCUGAAUGCUGUGAUUAAAGGCAUGUGCCACCAUACCUGGCUAAAGUUUAAGUUUAAGCAGUGGGCAGAGCAGUGGUGGUGCAUGCCUUUAAUCCCAGCACUUGGGAAGCAGAGACAGGAGAAUCUCUGUGAGUUCCAAGAAAAGCUCCAAAGCUACAGAGAAACCCUGUCUCAAACAAAACAAAGAACAAACAAACACUGGGCUAGAUGCAGUCAGAAGCCCUGCUUGCAAGGUCAUGUGCCACCCCUGCCCCCAACCUAAGACAGAAGUUUUACUUUGUAACCCAUGCCAAACUUGAACUCCCAAUCCUACUGCCUCAGGCUCUCGAGUACUGCCUUUUACAUGUGUGCAUCUUGUCAGCUAAAACUACCUUAAAAAUAAAAGUCAUUCCUUGCCUGGCAGCAAUAUAAUCUCUUCAUCAUGUCAACAUUAUAAAGUAUAAAUGACAUGACACAAAGCAAGACUAUAGUCUGUGUGUGAUACAGUAUUCUCCUUGCUGGUAACAGAACACCACAAGCUUAAACACAAAAGAAUAUUAUGGACAUGGUAACCACAUAUGUAUAAGGGUCUGGCUGGUGUAAUAUUUUGUAAACUUUUUUGAUGAGCAGAACUACACUUAAAAAUAACAGCUAAGGGGCUGGAGAGAUGGCUCAGAGGUUAAGAGCAUUGCCUGCUCUUCCAAAGGUCCUGAGUUCAAUUCCCAGCAACCACAUGGUGGCUCACAACCAUCUGUAAUGGGGUCUGGUGCCCUCUUCUGGCCUGUAGGCAUACACACAGACAAAAUAUUGUAUACGUAAUAAAUAAAUAUUUUAAAAAAAUAACAGCUAAGCAAUAUAGGCAUUUAUUACUACUAUCAUGAAUUAUACAUAAUUGUAUGUACUCUACUUUUAUGUGACUGAAAACACAACAGAUUAUACUAACAUUACCACAGACAAGAGAUGUUUUCUGCUAUCAUCUGACAUAUUUUUGCUCAGUUGUAACUGUAUCAGACCUUGCUUAAUAUAUGGUCCAUCAGUAAGGGCUGUCUCUCAAAUUGCAACCCCUCUUUUCCACUUUUGAAAAGAUUUCCAACUCUCUGUUUCCAACCAACCCAUCUGUCUUGCUCUUCACCUACAAACUUACUGUAUUUCAAGUGCAUUUUUGCAGCUCUAGGAGGGAAGAAGCAUGAGUCUUCAGCACACUGGCAUGAAUGGGAAACCAAGUCAAUAACUGUUUUCUUUUGUGUCUUAUUUAUAUAUUUAGCAGCAAAAUUGCAUUUAAAAAAAAUCUAGAGGAUGAACAAACUUUACUGCUUCAGCUCAAGAACCCCAAGCCAAAUAAAAAACAGCAAUAUGAAAAAAUAGCAUACUGGUUACUUUCAAAGAUAACAAAAAGAAUCAAAUGCAAUAGUGUAUGAAGACAAUCGCUCCCUGUUGGGCCAAAAUUACCUCUGGGCCUCGAGGCCUAUAGGACAGAAAAAAACGUCUGGCUCGAGUGUGAGUGAAGAUGAGAGAGCAAAAAUUAGGUAGACGCCCCUCCAGCCAGAGGGAGGGCUUGGCUGUCUCUCAUUGGCUGGAGAUACCCCAUAUCAUACGAUGUCACUUGAGCUAUAUAAGCUGAUGCUCACAGUAAUAAACUCCCUAUCACGGCAGAUUGUCUUCCAUCGUGGGGCUGCAGAAGGGGAGGGUAGUGCACUCACCUUCCCUGGGGAAUAAGCAGGCCUA